AUGAGUGAUUCAAAAAACGACGAAGUACGAGUUCUACCAGAGGAAACUCAAAAACUAUCAUCAUUUAAUAACAAUCUUCCUAAUCCAUCUCGACCAAUUCGAUUCUUAUUAAGUAGAAGACAAGCAUCAAGAACGAAGAGUACUGUUGGUCUUAUUCACGAAGUAGAUACUGUCGAGGAACCAGAAACAACAAAACUUGCUCUACCAAAAACUUAUGGUUAUUUAGAACAUAUACAAUCGUUUAAACCUUUAUGUACACCUGAUGACAAAAAACUUCCAAGAAAAGUGAGAAAAUUUUAUAAAGACCAAGUAAAAUUAAUAACAUCAAUUGAAGAUGUUCUUGCACCAAAAAGUGACGAAGAAGAAGGCAAAGGAACAGAUUCUCCGAAUCAUCAAUCACGUAGUGUCAGAAUAUUGACGAUGGUUCUUUUUAUUCUCAAAAUCAUUGCUUUCAUAGUAUCAAGAUCACUAUCAGUUCUUUCUUCAGUAGUUGAUAGUGCUGUUGAUCUUUUAACCAGUCUUAUUCUUAUUUGGACACAUCGGAAAAUGAAAAAACGAGAUUAUUAUAAAUAUCCUGGAGGACGAACACGUCUUGAACCAGUUGCUAUUGUUAUUCUAUCGGUAAUUAUGUGUGCAGCUAGUGUAGAGGUCAUCUUUGAAAGUGGUCAAACAUUAAAUCAAGAUAUUGAAUACUUUACACAUAAGAAUAGUAGUAGUAAAUCAACAUACACAUUACCUCGUAUUGAUAUGACUCUUCUACCUAUUGUAUCUAUGGCUAUUACUAUCGUAACUAAAGCAAUUCUCUUCAUAUUUUGUAUUCGAGUUAAAAAUCCAUCGAUAUAUGCACUUGCUGAAGAUCAUCGAAAUGAUGUUGCAUCUAAUAUUGUGGCACUUGCUUGUGGACUUGUCGCUUACAAUGCUUUACAAGGUAAGAUCAAACAAGAACUAAUCGUGGUGGAUCCAAUUGGAGGAAUCGUUAUUUCAGUAUAUAUCAUCAUUGCUUGGAUCUUACAAGCAAGUACACAAAUACGUAAUUUAACAGGCAUUUGUGCUGAGACUAAAGUUCUCCAACGACUUACUCACAUCAUAUAUAAUUAUCGUUCUGAUGUGGUUACAAAAAUUGAUUCCGUUCAAGUUGCUCAUUAUGGAACAAAUUAUUUCGUCGAAGUGGAUGUCGGUUUACCAGGUGCAAUGCCACUUGCUGACGCCCAUGAUAUCGCUGUAGACUUACAAAAUCAGUUGGAAAGUAUUGAUGAUAUAGAACGAGCUUAUGUUCAUCUUGAUUUCGAAUUUUCACGCAUACCAACUGCUGAACAUAAAGAUGUUUAA